CACAUCUAAUACACUUGACCUAGAGGUAAUAUGGAUAAAGCUGGAAUGACUUUGAAGAUCCUCCUCAUCUUCACCCUCUUCCUGAUUUCAGUAGGUGGAGCAGAAUCAGAGAGAGUGACAGGAUAUUCAGUAGGAGGAGUCCUCAUCAAGUGUAGAUAUGAGACACAAUACACAUCAAACCAGAAAUAUCUCUGUAAGGGUUCAUGGUUAAACUCUGCUGACCAGAUCAAGACAGAAGUUAAAAAUGAGUGGAUAAACAGUGGAAGAUUCUCACUGGUGACAGCAGUGCUGCACAGUUCUGGGUGAUGAUCAGGGAGCUCACUGUAGAGGAUUCUGGAACGUACCACUGUGGAGUUGAUAUAAAAGAGCAAAAAGACGUCUUCACACCAGUGGAACUGAAGAUAGAGGAAGUAGGUGGAGGAGAAUCAGGAAGAGUGAUGGGAUAUUCAGGAGGAGGAGUCCUCAUCAAGUAUCAAGACUACGAGAAGAGCGUCAGUGUGACUGGCCAUGUAGGAGGAGGGGUCAACAUCAGAUGCAAAUACCCACAAUCCCACAGCAGUGACCCCAAGUUCCUCUGUAGGAGAGUGGGUUCUGCUGACUGUACUUAUAAAUCAUCAGUUAAAGAGAGCAGAAGAUGGAUAAAUGAGGGAAAACUCUCUCUACAUGAUAACAGAGCAAAGCAGAUCUUCACUGUGAGCUUCAACAGUCUGACUGAGGGAGACUCUGGUGAAUACUGGUGUGGAGCUGAAUCAGACUGGACAUCUGACCAUGGAUACAAGGCCUAUAUCACCCAGAUCAACCUCAGAGUUACUAGUCCAGAUGUUCUACCACAGUCAUCAACACACAUCAGUUCAUCAACCACACAACCAACCACAUCCUCAACUCCUGAAACCGCAUCAUCUCCACUGUCUGCUACAGGUUCUCCACCUCCAGCAUUUCCAGUUUCCUCUGUGGUCACUGGUGUGUCUGUGGUUGUGCUGCUGCUCCUGAUUGGACUCUUAUUCUUCGUUGUGACUCUUAGAAAGAGAAACAAAACUCGAGGUCCAGCAUCAAUCCAAAGCCAAUCACACAGAGGCUCCUCAGACAACCACCCAGUUUCCUGUGAUGUCUAUGUCUAUGAGGAGGUUAAAGACAUUCCUGGCUCAGAUGCUGGAGUUUCCACAGUCUACUCUGCUGUUGAACUACUGACAAACCCCUCAGAACCUUCUCAGACUCUUUAUGGUAAUGUCCAGUUAUCCACAAACCCCUCAGAACCUUCUCAGACUCUUUAUGGUAAUAUCCAGUAAUCCACAAACCCCUCAGAACCUUCUCAGACUGUUCCAACGUACGCAACCGUGAAUUUCAGCAAGAAUGCAGAUAGUUCUACUGAUGCUGUUCCCACGGCAACCAUCAACAAGGAGAACGACUCAUGUGACUACGCCACAUUCGAAUGUUAGUGGAAGUAGUUUUCAUGCUACGCUUGUAUUCUCACCCAUUUUCUAGUCUUUUAUUUCUUGAAGUCUGUAAAUGUGUUAUUUGUCAUUGGGGUUAACCGCUUAAAUGUCCAGGGUCCACCGACAGGCCCAAAGAGUCGAUCAGCUAGUUUACAUUGAAGAUCCUGUAGUUAUUAUAUAAUAAGCUUUAGUAUGUAAUAAGCCUUGGAUUUGAAGUUGAUCAUACGAUGCAUGAAGUGUUUUGCAAUUGGUGAAACACGCGGGUGUUUUGUGUGAUUUGUUGUUUUAUAUGUAUAUGAUAGAAGAAUGCACAGCUACAGUUUAUUUUUGCUUAUUUAGUAAAACUAAAUGUCCAAAAGUUUGUGGACACUCCUUCUUAUUAGUAACUUUGGUAGCUCUCACUGCUGAUGCAGGAGUUCAAAUGCACACACAGCUUGUGUAAUACACAUAGAAAAACACUGACCAAUAGAACGGGACGCUCUAGAGCAGCCGCACAUAGGCCUAAGGUCACCAUGCCCAACAAAUCCCAGCAUUGAGCUGAGGAGCAGAGCUGUGUUCCCUGGAGUGAUGUCGCUCCAUCCCACACCUUUGGGAUGAGUUGGAGUGAUCGAGAGCUGGUCAUCAAACACUAAUACCUGAUCUCACCAGAGCUCCCACUGCUAAAUGCAAUCAAAUCCUCACAGCAAUAUUACAAUAUUUAGUGUAAAGCCUUCCCCAAAUAGUAGAGACACAUACUGUAGCAGAGGGGAAGAAACUCCAUUUUAACAGUCUUGUUUUUGAAAGAAACAUUGGAGGAGUAUGUGUCCACAAACUUUUGGCCAUAUAGUGUAUUUCUGAAGAAUUACUCAGUAUCUGCUAUGAAACAAAUAUGUAAGCUGUAUAGUUAAAAGACUGAAUCAUAACAUGCGUAAAGCUUAUUAAUGUAAACUGAUAUGUAACCUGUGCUGUCUCUUCAUAUGGCGACACUGAAGUUAUGAAAUAUAACACAUAUUGUACGUUC